AUGGCGGCUUUAAAUAGGAGACUACUUAUUUUGAUUUCAUUAAGGCGACGGUUGCAAAGAAGGAAAAAUAGAAAGCGUUUUUGGAUAAGGAAUAUAUACUUAAAUAGAAAAGCAAAAGGGGAAUAUCAUACUUUGGUACGUGAGGCAAUGUUAUUCGACCACGAGUUUUUCUUUCAAAUGUUUCGAAUGAUACCAAGUAAGUUUGAAGAGCUACUUGGCUUAUUUGCACCAAGAAUCACACGUUGGAAAGCCCGGCAAGAAGCCAUUGGGCCAGAAGAAAGACUUGCAGUAACAUUGAGGUACUUAGUUACUGGUGAUGCAUUCAUUUCUAUUGCAGCAAGUUUUCGAUUAAGUGCUGCCACUGUUGGGCGGGUUGUCAAAGAAACAUGUCAAGUAUUAUGGGAAGUACUUUGUGCUAAAAAGUAUUUGAAUGUUCCUCAAACACCUAAUGGAUGGAUUGAGCUGGCUCGUGGCUUUGAAGUUAGAUGGAACUUUCCAAAUUGCGUGGGUGCAAUUGAUGGGAAACAUGUUACCAUACAAUGCCCCCCAAGAGGAGGUUCCAUGUUUUUCAACUACAAAAAAUUUCACAGUGUUGUCUUGAUGGCAGUAGUCAAUUCAAAAUAUGAGUUUAUUAUGGUUGACAUUGGCGAUUACGGAAGGCUUAGUGAUGGAAGUGUAUUUGCCAGCAGCAACCUUGGCAUUGCAAUGGAGAACAACAUGUUGAAUUUACCACCUGAACGAACACUGCCAGGCACAAACAAACAUUUUCCAUACGUUUUUGUGGGAGAUGAUGCAUUCCCAUUACGAACAUAUAUGGUUAAACCCUAUCCGAGAGGUGUCAUUCAAUUACCUGAAAAAAUUGCGAAUUAUCGUUUUUCAAGAGCUAGACGAAUUGUUGAGAAUGCUUUUGGAAUAGCAACAUCAAGAUUCAGAUUGUUUAGAUGUGCAAUUACUGCAAGUGUUGAGGUUGCUGUUGAAGCUACAAAGGCUAUCACUGUACUACACAACUUUUUGAUGGCUGGUAGACAUUCUGAGAUUAAUAACUCAUACUGUCCACAUGAUUAUAUUGAUGUUGAAUGCGAAGGCCAUGUGAGAGAAGGGCUUUGGAGGAGGCAAGGGAACAACUGCCCUGGUCUUCAGGAUGUCACGAACUUGGGAUCCAAUAAUUAUUCAGUUAAUGCAAAAAAUGUUCGCGAUAAUUUUCGAGAUUAUUUUAAUUCGAAUGCUGGAUAUGUUCCAUGGCAACAGGCAGCUGUUACAAGCACAUCUGACAGUUUCAACAUAAAUUAUUGA